UUCCCUGCAAUGACGUACUUCCUCUAAAGUGUUGGCCUUGGAAAAAAAACAUCUGAAUAGCCCAAGCCCCUACGAAAAUUCAUAAAACUACGCCUUUAUCCACCAGUGCAACCAAAAAAAACAGACAAGAAAAACGUGUAAUAUCAAGUUAAAGACAAAAUGCCGCAGAAUGAGCACAUUGAGUUGCACCGCAAACGACACGGUUACCGCCUUGACCACCAUGAGAGGAAACGAAAGAAGGAGAGCCGUGAAGCCCAUGAAAGAUCCCAUAAAGCCAGGAAGCUUAUAGGUCUGAAGGCCAAACUGUACCACAAACAGAGGCAUGCAGAGAAGAUCCAGAUGAAGAAAACCAUCAAAAUGCAUGAACAGAGGAAGACAAAGCAGAAAAAUGAUGACAAGACUCCAGAAGGUGCUGUACCCGCCUACCUCCUUGACAGAGAGGGACAGUCUCGUGCUAAAGUUCUUUCCAACAUGAUCAAACAGAAAAGAAAAGAAAAAGCUGGCAAAUGGGAAGUGCCUUUGCCCAAAGUACGAGCACAGGGAGAAACAGAAGUUCUCAAAGUCAUCAAAACUGGAAAAAGACAGAAGAAGGCAUGGAAGAGAAUGGUCACCAAAGUGUGUUUUGUUGGUGAUGGAUUCACACGUAAACCACCAAAAUACGAACGUUUUAUUAGACCUAUGGGUCUGCGCUUUAAAAAGGCUCACGUUACACAUCCAGAGCUGAAAGCCACAUUCUGCCUUCCCAUUCUUGGUGUAAAGAAGAACCCCUCGUCUCCUCUCUACACAUCUCUGGGAGUGAUCACAAAAGGAACAGUCAUAGAGGUUAAUGUCAGCGAGCUGGGAUUAGUAACACAAGGAGGGAAAGUGGUCUGGGGUAAAUUUGCCCAGGUGACGAAUAACCCUGAGAAUGACGGCUGCAUUAAUGCAGUUCUGCUGGUCUAACCGUAACCAUUGCCACCUCAAAGACUGUAACAACUCAUGAGAUAAAAUCGGUGUUUGUGGUUGACUGGCUGUUCAUGUUUACAAACUGUUGGUCUUUUUAAGAGGAAGUUUGAAACACACAAAAUUACUUAAAUGUGAUUAAUAUUUUAUUAAAAUUUAUUCACACAGGCA